AUGAGCACCAUUCAGAACCUCAAAAACUUUAUACGUCAUGGGAAGCAGGCCCGGGUUGCCGAACCUCCCCGCGAUCAUCCCACUACCAACGUCUCUCCAGUUCAUGCCCAGCAGCAGAAGUACCACCACGGGGUCACCGAUCCUGUAGGCAACCACCAUAGACAACCACAGCAACACAUUCAACCUCAACCUGGUGAAUAUUUGGUGGCGGCUGGUGACAAUCGAAAUGUGGCCGCUCAAGCCGGAGCUGCCGCAGCCCAUGCUGCGGGCAAGAACCAGAAGAUCCAAGCAGACAUCGAAGCCAUCGUCGCUGAAGAGAGGGAAAAGGCCAACAAAAUGCCCCGAUACCCUGGCCUCGAACGCUUCAUCCUGGUAGAAAAGAUGGGAGACGGCGCUUUCAGCAAUGUCUACAAGGCCAGAGAUACCCAGACUGGAGACGAGGUCGCCAUCAAGGUGGUCCGCAAGUUCGAAAUGAAUUCGAAUCAGCGAGCCAAUAUUCUCAAAGAAGUGCAGAUUAUGCGCCAAUUGGACCAUCCCAAUAUCGUGAAGCUCAUUGACUUUUCCGAGUCCCGACAGUAUUACUAUAUUGUUCUCGAGCUGUGUCCGGGUGGUGAAUUGUUCCACCAGAUUGUCCGCUUGACGUACUUCAGCGAAGAUCUGAGCCGCCACGUCAUUACUCAAGUCGCCGAGGCGUUACUUUAUCUGCAUGAAGAGACGGGUGUGGUCCAUCGUGACAUCAAGCCUGAAAAUCUUCUGUUUUAUCCUAUACCGUUUGUCCCAACUCGUAUUCCAAAACCAAGAGGCCCCGACGACGAAGACAAGGCCGAUGAGGGAGAAUUUAUUCCAGGUGUCGGAGCUGGUGGCAUUGGUCAAAUCAAGAUUGCCGAUUUUGGCCUUUCAAAAGUUAUUUGGGAUUCUCAAACCAUGACGCCCUGCGGUACAGUUGGCUACACGGCUCCCGAAAUUGUGAAGGAUGAAAGAUACAGCAAAUCAGUUGAUAUGUGGGCUCUCGGCUGUGUGCUGUACACCCUUCUUUGUGGUUUUCCUCCUUUCUACGACGAGUCGAUCCAAGUCCUAACGGAAAAGGUUGCUCGGGGCCAAUAUACUUUCCUGUCGCCGUGGUGGGAUGAUAUUUCGAAAUCAGCACAAGAUCUGGUCUCUCAUCUUUUGACUGUCAAUCCAGACCGGCGAUAUUCGAUUCAAGAAUUUCUGAACCAUCCGUGGAUUCGCAACGUCAAUGAACCUACCUAUGCUGCUGCAGAUGCUCCACCUCUUGCCACCCCUCUUCAUGUCCGGCAAAAGGAAAUUGCCCAAGCAGGCAACAUUCCUGCAGAGUUCCUCACCACUCCCAACACGCCAGGGGCCAGGCGAGCGGAUUUCAGAUCGCCUGGUGCUGUCAACCUACGCGAAGUGUUUGACGUGGGUUACGCCGUACACCGACAAGAAGAGGAAGCCAAGAGGAGAAAGAACUUCAAGCAAGGCUACCGAGGAGCGGGUAUGCCGGGUGGAUUAAAUCCUCUGAAUGAAGAUGACGAUGAUGAGGAUGAAGAUUACGAGGAGGAAGUAUCUAGCAAGGUGCCGAAGAAUCAGCAACCCGCCGACGUGUCCAGCAUGGAAGCGAAGAUGCGUCAAACCAACCUCGGAACGCAGCCGUCUGCAGCGGCCCAAGCGCGAGCUGCAGCAGCGCCGGCUAGAAGCCAGCAUCACAACAGUCAACAAGAACAGAGAGGUUAUGGCCAGCAUAGCGCGGCGGUGGCGGCGGCGGCCAAGCAGAGCGUUGGACAGCGGAACAAGCAGCCGUUCGAACUGAGCCUGGACAAUUCGACAUUGUUGGGCAGGAGGAAUAAGAUGGUAGCCGCGGCCAAUCCGAAUGCGCCUUCGAAAUUGAGAGAAGAGCUGAGCGUGAGAUGA